CGCGCGCCAGGAAUCACGAACAGAGACGCAAUGCACAGGGAAUGGCAGAGGGGCUCACUAUCGAUUCAUUUGGACAUUCCAUAUCUCAGUUAGCAGGGAUGGUGAGGCACAGCCAGAUUGCCGAGCUGCAGGCUUUCCAGUAUUCCCUUCAGAGCAACUCUGCGGCGUCAGGCUCAGUGGGGGAUUGCCUACAGGCCGGUGGUCCCUCUGCUCAGGAGCCAGCUUGCUUCCCCCAGGCCUCCACAGCCAUGGAGGCCAGCAAGCCUGUGGACAUUGCGGAGCAUCCUAUGCGGAAGAAGAAGAAGAGGAGGACCAGAGCCACAGACAGCUUCAGUGGAGCAUUUACUGAUCUGUACAAGCUGACUGAAGAGAUGCUCGGACAGGGAGCCUACGCCAAGGUGCAAGGUUGCAUAAGCCUGCAGAAUGGGAAUGAGUAUGCUGUGAAGAUCAUUGAGAAGAAGGCUGGACACAGUCGCAGCCGGGUUUUCAGGGAGGUGGAAACACUCUACCAGUGCCAAGGCAACAAGAACAUUCUGGAACUAAUUCAAUUUUUUGAAGAUGAUAAUUGCUUCUACUUGGUGUUUGAGAAGUUAAAAGGAGGAUCUAUUCUGACCCACAUCCAGAACCGUAAGCACUUUGAUGAACGGGAGGCCAGUCGAGUGGUUAGGGAUAUAGCUAAAGCGCUCGACUUCCUUCACACCAAAGGUAUUGCUCAUCGUGACCUCAAGCCUGAAAACAUCCUGUGUGAAUACCCUGACCAGGUGUCUCCAGUGAAGAUCUGUGACUUUGACUUGGGGAGCGGUGUGAAGUUGAGCAGUGCCUGUACCCCCAUCACCACCCCUGAGCUCACCACACCUUGUGGGUCUGCAGAGUACAUGGCCCCUGAGGUAGUGGAGGUGUUCACAGACGAGGCCUCGUUUUACGAUAAACGCUGUGACCUUUGGAGCCUAGGGGUCAUCCUCUACAUCUUACUGAGCGGGAGCCCCCCCUUCACCGGUCACUGUGGGACGGACUGCGGAUGGGACCGCGGAGAGGCCUGUCGCGCCUGCCAGAACAAUCUGUUUGAGAGCAUCCAGGAGGGGCAGUAUGAGUUUCCAGAUAGGGACUGGGCCCACAUCUCUGAUGGGGCCAAAGACCUCAUCUCCAGGCUGCUGGUGCGAGAUGCAACACUGCGCCUCAGCGCUUCCCAGGUCCUACAGCACCCUUGGGUGCAGGGAACUGCUCCAGAGAGAGGCCUUCCAACUCCACACAUCCUUCAAAGGAACAGCAGCACCAAAGACCUGACGCAGUUCGCUGCGGAUGCAAUCGCCUUCAACCGGCAGCUGUCCCAGCACGAGGAGGAGUGCGAGGACGCCAGCGCCUUGGUGGUCUGCUCCAUGAAGCUGUCGCCCCCCUCCAACUCCAGGCUGGCCCGCCGCAGGGCACAGUCCAACGCCCUCCGCUCCCGAGACUUCCUGCCCACGGCCGAAGAGCCCACAGCGUGAGAGGCGACCCCCCCCAACCCCCCCCAAACACACACACACACACACACACACACACACACUUCAGCCUCACCAAGUCACUAAAGAACCCCACCCAGGUGUCCUCUGCCCCUCUUCCAUUCCCACCUUGCCCUGUUCAGAACUGAAUUUGGAUGAUGCUGAGCUCAGGUUUGUGUUUGUGGGCCCAAAAGUCUUAUCAGGAGACAAAAAUGAAAAACAAACAAACAAAAACAAAACAGAACAACAGGUGCCCUAUUUGAGCAGCUCAGUUGCUUUACACCAUCUUUACUCACCUCAGGUUCUAGAAUAUUCUUCUCAGCUGUCAUGUAAAAGGACUUAAGAGACACCUGUCGACAGUUAUUUGACAAGCAUUUUGAUUACAGUUACUGAAUGAUUUUUUUUAAAUUAAGCUAUCUGUUAAGCAAUGAUAUUUAUUAAGCAUUGCUGCAAUUGUCAAUAACAGCUUGGUUUUAAUGAUAUGGCCAGUAUUUGUCGGACUAUUAAUUCAGAAAAUCCGACUGCUUUUGUUUCAUAUUUAUUGAUUUUAUAUAAGAGGUAAGAAAGGUGCUUGCAAUGUUACGGUUGAAACGAGGAAAUGUGUUUAUUUUUAUAUAGUUGUGUUAAAUUGUGUUUGUUUCUGUUACUCAAAACUGUCUGUAGCACCCCAUGUUUCCAGUCCAUAUCAUACUCCUAUUGCUGAGCCUCUAGAGGGUGGCAAACAGGCCACCGUAGUCACAGUUGAUGACAUCAGUUGGGACAGGUGUCAUUAUUGUCAACCUACUCUACAACUCUUCAAAAUCAUUACCUCAGAAUCAAAUUGCACACAAUUUUUUGCACAUACUUUUGAUAUUCAAAUUAAUGUACAAAUGUCGGCUUACUAUUUUCCAAGUGGGUUGCAUAUUUAAGGAAGGACGGUGCCACAUAGUCUUAACUGUAUUUGCACACCUAUGCUCACCACUAGUUUUAUCAGAAUAUUGGGUUGUAUUAGAUCAUAGUAUGUGUUUUUACUUUAUUUUUUGGUAAUGGCAGUCAUGGAAAGCCUCAGAAAGGCACUUACCCCCCCCCCCACCCCCCACCCCUUCUCCUCUUGAACCACAAACCUGUUUGUCUUUCCUAUGUUUUGUAUAUAUGUGUAUUAGUGACACAUUAAUGUUGUCUUUUAAUUUUAGUGCUAUUUGCACACAACAAAAAUUUGCCAAAGUAGGAUAAUUCAUCUACAUGGCUUCAAUAUUUUUUUUCUUUCUUUUAUCCGAGUUAUGAAUGAUGAACUCCACUUCUAGCUCCAGUGAAAUGCUGUUGUCACCUACAUUGAACGAAGGGAUGAACCAUGCUAUUGGCCCAUGUUUUACCUCUACACUAAUAAAGAACCAUGGGCAUCAGCUGGUGAACAUGAAUGCACCAGCUGAUGUGCAUAUGUUGCCUUGUGCAUAUGUUCCGUUUUUUUUUGGCAGAUUGGUGAUACUAACAGGAACCCCUACGCAAAGGCAGAUGUUUUAAAUGUCAUACGAGUUCUCAUCCUGCUCUAAAUGUGCUCAAACAAAGAACACAGUGGCCCCUGCUCUGGGUCCUCUUCCGACGUUCCUCAAACAAGGUUACAGGGAUUAGGCUUACACUCUCCUGAAGUUAAGUGGUCAUGCCAGAACAAGUGAUAUUUAAACAUUAUUAUUUGUAUGUAGGCCUAUUUUUAUUUUUUCAAAGCCCCCUGCAGACUGGAGAGGAAGGGAGAGUUUAGAGUGUAGAAAUCCUGAGAAAUGCCCAUAAGAGGAGUCUGAUGAACCAUGACACUUCCAGACGUUUUUUCAUUGAAAGGUGAGGCAUGACAACUGGUAUUGCACUUUUGACAUGGAAUUAUGAAUAAAUCAUUACAUCUUUUUGACA